GGGCGAGAAUGGAAAUACCAUACUCUUCCUAAAGCAAAUAAUUCGUAAAUUCAACCCAUCUGAUUGUCUGAUGGGCCGUGAAGAUCCAAUGAACAAAGUUUGGAGCUUUAUGGACAACAAUCACGGCCAACCCACUCUUUGAUCGUUUUCCUUUUGUACUUACUGUUGGAACAUGGAACCAGACCUAAAACGAGGGACGAGGAUGGCCUUUCUACUGAACCGGACCUCCAUUGCUUCUCACUUCCGAUCUCGUUCUCCGCUCAAGUCAGAGGACGCGCUUCCUUCUUCGCGUCGUGGAUUCCACAUCGAACUAGGGCCUCGUGAGAAAGCUCUCUUGGCAGAGGACCCUGCACUUAAGCGGUUCAAAUCUCAUAAAAAGACUGUGCGGGGACUGAAAAGAGUUGGUGAUGUCCUCACCAUCGUUGUUGUAGCAGGAUGUUGCUAUGAAAUCUUCGUUAAGGCAGUAAUGCGAGAAGAAGCUAGAAGACAGGCAACAGCUGCGAGUGGAGGUGCACAAUGAAGUUUAUAACUUUUUGAUGUUUCAUUUUUCUUUUUUGGAAUCAACAAUAUAUGGUUUUGCAUCAGAAUUAAUAAGUAGAACACAUGUUAUGAGAAAUGCUUGACCUUGAAAGCUUCUGUUCUUCUGAUCUCUGUUGAAAUUUAGUGAAAUAUUUUUUUCUGAAUAUUAUAGUUAUGAGGUGGGGAUGUGUGCCU